ACACAUACGAACCAUGAGAUUCUGGGCUGAAGUGGCUUCACCUGCGGAAUCCUCCGGCUGUGUUUUAGCUCGGAAUAAAACGUUCAGGGCGCGUUUCUGAGCCCAUGGCCAGAGGAAUGACUCGCCCUUCUGUAAAACUCCUCACAACUUUACUCGCGUGCUUGAUAGAAAUGCACAACUUCAGGAUAACGGCAGGAAAAGAGUACGAGAGAAUAACGGGACGUGAAUCUUCAUCUGCGAUGUCUCCCUCUGAUUUCCUGGACAAACUGAUGGGCAGAACGUCAGGUUACGACGCACGGAUAAGACCCAACUUUAAAGGUCCUCCUGUGAACGUCACGUGUAAUAUAUUCAUCAACAGCUUCGGCUCAGUGACAGAAACCACUAUGGACUACAGGGUGAACAUCUUCCUGCGGCAGAAGUGGAACGACCCUCGGCUGGCCUACAGCGAGUAUCCCGACUCCUCUCUGGAUCUGGACCCGUCCAUGCUGGACUCCAUCUGGAAACCAGACCUGUUCUUCGCCAACGAGAAGGGAGCCAACUUCCACGACGUCACGACGGAUAACAAGCUCCUGAGGAUCUUCAAGGACGGAACCGUCCUGUACAGCAUCAGGCUGACGUUAAUAUUGUCCUGUCCGAUGGAUCUGAAGAACUUCCCGAUGGACGUACAGACCUGCACCAUGCAGCUGGAGAGCUUCGGCUACACGAUGAACGACCUGAUCUUCGAGUGGCUCGAUAAAGGUCCGGUUCAGGUCGCCGAGGGUCUGACGUUACCGCAGUUCAUCAUCAGAGACGAGAAGGAGCUGGGCUACUGCACCAAACACUACAACACAGUAAACAAGUCUAUACUGGUUUCCUCGUCUGCUCCUGUGCAGGUUUCCUAUGUGAAGGCCAUAGACGUCUGGAUGGCGGUGUGUUUGCUGUUCGUCUUCGCCGCUCUGCUGGAAUACGCCGGCGUUAACUUCGUCUCCAGACAGCAGAAGGAGUUUCUGCGGCUGAAACGAAGACAGAGACGAAAUCAGAAGGAGGAGGAAUUACAGGACGGCCGUCUGCAUUUCUCCGGAUAUAACACCGCGUCCUGCGGGAAUGUGACGGACGGGACGACGGUCAAAAACACGCAGACGAACGCCAAUCCGCCGCCGGCCGUCCCCAAGGACACAGACGUGAACCGCAAGAAGUUUGUGGACCGAGCGAAGAGGAUCGACACCGUAUCACGCGCCGCCUUCCCUCUGGCCUUCCUCAUUUUCAACGUCUUCUACUGGAUCACCUACAAGAUCAUCCGACACGAGAGCGCCAGCAAAACCUGAUGCAGACACAAACACUGGGGAUAAU